AUGUAAUAAAUAAUUUCUGUCGAGAAUGAUGAUUUCUUUUUUUUAAUUAAUUAAAACAUCUUUUAUGAUGCAGAUAUUGAAAUUGUUUUAUUUGAGGUUUUCCUUCAAUUUUCAAUUGAUUUCAGCAAUCAUAGUGCUAAAGUGAUACAUAAGGAAUGAUUAUCUACUAACAAUUACAAUUGUAUCAAGAGAAAACAAAAUUAGUAAAAAGACAAAAGAGAACAUGGACAAGUCUGAAAUUAACAAAAUGUCCCUCCCUAAUCCCUACACGUGCCUCCCCAUCUCUUGUUCUCAGUCCCUCAAUAUCUCAAAGCCUCAUACCUACUUGCUCUGGGGUUUCUUUCCAUUCGUCUCAGUUUCAGCUGCUGCAACAACUUUCUGUGACCCAAAAAGUUGCAAAGUUGAAAGCAUUCGAGCUAGGAAUGGAGGCUCUUGGUACCGUGGAUGACCUCUUGGAUUUCUCAUCCGACGUAGGUGAGGAUAAUGAUGUUGUUGUUGACAGACGCAGGAAAGGAUUUCCUUGUAACCCAGAAUGCAAACAACCUUCAUUCACUCCGUUGGCCAUGGAUGAUCCUAACUAUUCAUUCUCUGAGUUCGCCGAGGAAGAGCUUGAAUGGUUGUCCAAUAAAGACGCAUUUCCUGCUGUCGAAACAUUUGUCGACAUACCAUCUGUUCGGCCUAACAUGUCAAAGCACCAAGGGACAGCCUCAGUGCUUGAAUAUAGAAGGAGCAUCCCCAAUAAUAACUGCACUAACAACAUUACACUCUUAAACGGCUUUGAUCACCUGAAGGUCCCUGUCCGAGCAAGGAGCAAGUGCCGUAGUAGGCCUCGCCUGGCUAUUGCUGACGUCUCAAGUCAUCAGUCCUGGUGGAGACUAUCUAGUAGAGAAAUUUCCGGAGCAGAAGUGAUAAAAAUCCCAACCAUUGGGAGGAAAUGUCAGCACUGUGGAUCUGAAGAAACUCCACAGUGGCGAUCCGGUCCGCUUGGGCCAAAAACACUUUGUAAUGCCUGUGGGGUUAGGUUCAAGUCUGGUCGGCUCGUCCCGGAGUACCGUCCUGCAACCAGCCCAACUUUUCGUCACGAGUUGCAUUCUAAUUCCCAUAGGAAGAUUAUCGAGAUGAGGAAGCAGAAGCAAAUGGGAAUGGUUUGAAGGCAAUGGAUCACAAAAGGCGAUUUGAUAGUGUGCAGUGCUUGUAACAAUCAGCAGCUCAGUAGUUUUGUUUCGAUUUAUUCUAAUUAUUUGUUUCUUUUUCUGGGUCCAUUUUUUCUGUGGGGUUGGUUAGAUCAAAAUCAAAUUUCUUGAGGAAAAAUCAAACUAGGGGGGAGGUCGUAAAAUUAUGUAUCCCAUUGUUACGCUGUAAACAAGAAGCCAGCUUAGGAUUAUUAUUCUUUUAUUUUGCUGCUUUUAGGCAUGUAUUCUGUACUUUAUUUGGGAGAAGCUCUUAUACUU